AUGGCGUACAACUCUCCAAACAGAGCGGUCAUGUUCAAAGGACUGGUACUGGAUCAUGCUGGAGAUCCUCUUGCAGAUGCCCAGAUUUGGGGCGUUGGGAAGAGCUACUAUGGCCGAUCGCCCGACACAACUGACAAGGAUGGGCGCUUUGAAGCUUUGGUGGUUCAGUUUGACAGCGAGGUGGACGUGGAGGUCUCUUAUCGCAAGCCCCGGGACUCCGACAAGAAGCUGGAUGUGUUUUUCCAGGGGGGCUAUGCACCGAGGGUCUCCUCGAUGACUGUGGAGAGACUACUGGCACAGCUUCCGGGCUCCUACAAGUUGGAUGAAACGAAGGCUUAUCCAUCCUGGUGGAAGAGUGCCACGGGCGUUGGCCCAGCGUGCUCGAUUCGUUGGUCCAGUCAGCGACACCGCUGGCAUCUGAUGGUCGGCGAGCGGGUUCUCUUCGCUUUCCCUGGCGAUGAUGACGGGCAAGGAGGCUCCCCUGUGGGUGACGGCUGGCAGCCCACAAGGGACCUUGCAACGGAGAGCCUGACCGUGCUCAAAUGCCAUCGUGCGCGGAAAGUGAUCUCGGAAAAGUUUGGACCAUAUCACACUGGCCCCGCAGGCAAUUUCGUGGAUUUGGGUGAGUUCAAAACCGGAGCGUGA